AUGGGCGCCGGCGACAAGACGGCCGCGGGCAUGCCGCGCAUCGGCAUGGGCACGGCGGUGCAGGGGCCCAAGGCGGACCCCAUCCGCCGCGCCGUCCUCCGGGCCAUCCAGAUAGGGUACCGCCACUUCGACACGGCCGCGCACUACGAGACCGAGGCCCCCAUCGGCGAGGCCGCCGCCGAGGCCGUGCGCUCCGGCGCCGUCGCCUCCCGGGAUGAGCUCUUCAUCACCUCCAAGCUCUGGUGCAGCGACGCGCACCGCGACAGGGUCGUCCCCGCCCUCAGGCAGACGCUCCGGAAUCUCCAGAUGGAGUACGUGGACCUGUACCUUGUCCACUGGCCGGUGUCCAUGAAGCCCGGGCGGUUCAAGGCCCCCUUCACGGCCGAGGACUUCGUGCCGUUCGACAUGCGGGCCGUGUGGGAGGCCAUGGAGGAGUGCCACAGGCUGGGCCUCGCCAAGGCCAUCGGCGUCGCCAAUUUCUCCUGCAAGAAGCUGGAGACCCUCCUCUCCUUCGCCACCAUCCCUCCCACCGUCAAUCAGGUGGAGGUGAACCCGGUGUGGCAGCAGAGGAAGCUGAGGGAGUUCUGCAGAGGCAAGGGCAUCCAGCUGUGCGCCUACUCGCCGCUGGGAGCCAAGGGCACGCACUGGGGCAGCGACGCCGUGAUGGACGCCGGCGUCCUGCAGGAGAUCGCCGCGUCCAGGGGCAAGAGCGUGGCGCAGGUGUGCCUGAGGUGGGUGUACGAGCAGGGGGACUGCCUCAUCGUCAAGAGCUUCGACGAGGCCCGGAUGCGGGAGAACCUGGACGUGGACGGCUGGGAGCUCACGGAGGAGGAGCGCCGCCGGAUCGCCGAGAUCCCGCAGGGCAAGAUCAACCUCGGCAAGCGAUACGUGUCCGAGCACGGGCCGUACAAGUCCCUCGAGGAGCUCUGGGACGGCGAGAUAUGA